AUGAUAUUUGUUGGUCUUAUAAUGUAUAUAUUUGGUUCAAUUGGAAAUAUUUUAAAUAUUUGUGUUUUUACAAAAUGGUGUCGUCCGAAUAAAAGAUCAAAAUAUUCUGGUUGUUGUUAUAAAAGUAAUAGUUCAUUAUAUUUACUUGCUUCUUCAAUAUCGAAUUUAAUUGUUAUUAUUUAUCCAUUAUUAACUCGAAUUUUACUUGAUGGUUAUCAAUAUCAUAUAAAAGAAAGUAAUGGAUUUCUUCUAUGUAAAUUACGUUAUUAUAUAUUACAUACAUUUGAUUUAAUAUCAUUAACAUGUAUUUGUUUAGCAACAUUUGAUCGAUAUUUAAUAUCAUCAAGAGAAGUUCGUCUUAGAAGAUUAAUACCAACAACAAAACAAACAAAAUCUAUUAUUUUAUUUGUUUUUCUCUUAUUCGGAUUACAUAGUAUUCCAUUAAUUAUAUAUAAUGGUGUUUCAAAAGCAGGAUAUUGUAUUAUUCUAUCAACUUAUUAUUUAUAUUAUUAUUUAUAUGCAUUUCAAAUAUUUCUUCAUGGUGUUAUACCAAUUAUAUUUUUGUCAACAUUUGGCUUGUUAACUCUUAAACAAUUAAGAAUAAUUAGUAAAAGAAAAAAUCGUUAUGGAAUGAUGAAUAGUGAUAAACAAUUAUCUCGUAUGCUUUUAUUAUUAUCGUUAGCGAUAAUCUUAUCAUCAAUUCCAUAUUGUAUUGAACAAUGUUAUUAUGUUUUAUUUAAAGAAAAUGAUCGUAAACAAACAUCACUUUUAUUUCUUUAUCAUGUAACAAGUUCAAUAUUAUUUUAUACAAAUCCAGUAUAUAGUUUUUAUAUAUAUUAUAUUUCAACAAGAAAUUUUCGUAUACAAGUACAUCAAAUAAUUUUUCCAAGAAAAAAUCUUCAUUAUGUUGUUUUAUAUCAAAUCAAACCAAUAACAACUACAACAUUUAGUUUACGAGAAUCACUUACAUAA